GCUGCAAUUUUACGUAUCCAACCGACUCCCAUCGACUCACCAUAAAACUCCAUGCCGAUGUCCAAAGCUCCCCCAAGCUAAUCUAUCCUCUGCGAUGAAGCUGAAGAGCUCAAACAGUGCUGGGAAGCCAAAGCUCCUCUUCCUCGGAUUCGUCGUCGCCGUGUUCCUCCUCUUUUUCCUCCUGCCAGCCAGCAACUCGUCCUCAUCCGUGGCGAAUCGAUCGCCGGCGUCAGGAGAUCAAAGGGAUGGAUGCGCGAAGAUCCCGCCUUCUCUGGCGCAUUCUAUCAUACACUACGCGACGUUGAACAUCACACCGCAGCAGACCCUGGAGGAAGUGUCCGUGACGGCGCGGGUGCUGCAGCGGAGGUCCCCCUGCAACUUUUUGGUCUUCGGCCUAGGCCACGACAGCCUGAUGUGGAGCGCGCUGAACCACGGGGGGCGCACCGUCUUCCUCGAGGAGGACGAGCAGUGGAUUGCGAGAGUGACCAAGAAGUUCCCGACUCUGGAGGCGUACCACGUCAGGUACGGCACGAAGGUGCGCGAGGCAGAGGAGCUGAUGGAGAAGGGGAAGUCCAGCGACUGCACGGGGGCGGUGGCGGAGGAGGCGGGAGGAGGCGCGUCGAGCAGGCCAUCAGGUUGCGAGCUGGCGCUGACUGAUUUGCCGAGCGCGUUCUACGAGGUGGAGUGGGACGUGAUCAUGGUGGACGCGCCGACGGGGUACGUGGCGGAUGCGCCCGGGAGGAUGGGGGCGAUAUAUACGGCGGGAAUGGUGGCGCGAGGGAGGAGCGCAGGCGGGACGACGGACGUGAUGGUCCAUGACGUGGACAGGUCGGUGGAGGACAGGUUCUCCAUGGCCUUCCUCUGCGUGGGGUACAUGAAGGAGGAGGUUGGGAAGCUGAGGCACUUCACCAUCCCCAGCCACAGAGGCAGCCCUGGAAUCAAAUUCUGCCCAUGAUUUCAAUCUUCAUGUCAAAUCGCUGUAUUUUCAAUAUUGUUUCCGAAAUUUUUUAGGCAAAUAUUUUUAAAAAAUAUGAAUAAUUUUACAUGCAA